GAUUUGUGCAACCGUGUGACUAGCAGGAGUGGCAACCUCGCCUGAUUCUCGUGUCUACCCCCCUCCUCCCUCCCCAUCUCCUACUCUCCGUGCCCAUCGUUGCGUGCCACAGACUCACAGCGCUUCUUGUCUUCUCUACGCACCAGGUGAUAGAUAAUAACCCUACGGCUCUUCUCCGUCAAACAGCAGUCUAAGACUUCUAUUAUUCCUUAACGCUAGUACCAACACAGUCGUAUUUUUUCCUAUCAAACUCCUGAGCGUGACUUCCCUUUCGAAAACCCAUCACUCUUGUUCUAAUUCCACUGUUCCUCGACCUCGACAUCCUUAGCUCCGUUCACCCGAAACGUACUUAGUUCGACUUUUCUCGUCAACGUCACGAUUCCAAUGGCUCAGAACGGUUGGGACCAGGGCUCGGCGGGGUGCCAGCAGUCGGACCGCACGACCAUGUGCGCAAACAACUGCGGGUUCUUCGGCAGCGCCUCGACUCUCAACAUGUGCUCCAAGUGCUACACCGAGCACGUCGCCAAGACCAUGCAGUCCGCAGCCACGGCAUCCGCAUCAUCAACAUCAUCAGCAUCGUCUCCUCUCUCCUCCUCCCCUCGCUCUUCUCCUCGUUCCCCCUCACCUCGCUCCUUCUCGCCUCCUACCGCUUCCUCGUCGACACCCCUCUCUUCCUCCUCGCCUGCCCAAUCGCACACCGCUCAGCCCAUCUCGCAGAUCCUCUCCACCGGCUGUGCUCCAUCCGCGUCUCGCAUCUCGUCUCGCGUCGUCUCCCCUUCGCCCGCUCAGCCCUUAGAUCGGCAGCUUCCGGAGAGUCGCGAGCCGACAUCCAGACCGUUCGUCGCCGGCUCUUCCUCCCCUGCUGUUUCCGUCGCCGUUCCGUCUGGUUCCGCUGGCAAGUUGGCCGCAAGCUCGUCAGCUGCAGCGGCGGCAGCAUCUUGCAAGAAAGAGGGCGCGGAGAACCACCUGCCGGCGCCUGCUGCGCCUGCGGCGGUAACGGCAGGCUCCGCCGGUUCCGCUCGUGCGGCGAAUCGCUGCGGCGAGUGUCGUCGCCGCGUGGGGCUGACGGGCUUUAAGUGCCGCUGCGAAGGGCUGUUCUGCGCCGUGCACCGUUACUCCGACCGGCACACCUGCACGUUCGACUACAAGACUGCCGGUCGGGAGGCUAUUGCUCAGGCGAAUCCCGUCGUUAAGGCAGACAAGGUGACGCGGUUCUGAGAGCUGGUUGGCGAUGCCUUGUUAGCGUUUCCCGCCGACGAGUUAGGCGGUAACUGGCUGAGAGACUUGGUUCCAGUUACUGAAUUUCGGAACUCUGGCUGUAGUGCGCGGCGCGCCGAGUUCGAAAGGAUGAUGCCUUCUGUCUUCCAGUUACUUCGUGGCUAGUUGCUUCGUAGGGGUGUGGGGGUGAGGUUGAAGGAUAGCGGAAGAGGCUCUGUGGUCAAAUGUGACCAAAACCUGACUGAACGUCUUCACCUUACCCAUCUCCGUUGGUAUUCCUUGCAUCUACUUCCCUUCUGCGCGUACCACCCCCUACUCCCCCUCCCCCCUCUACCCCGUGAAAUCUGAAGUCUGCCUUGGGAUAUGCUGUGGAUUCCUCUUGUUCAUAAUUCCCAUAACUGCUGCUUGAUUUUUUUCCUUCGAACAA